AUGUCACUCCCAUGGCGCUGCAUUUUAUGCUCGUUCCGGGGUAUUGCCAGAAACAGAUCAGGAACGCAGACAGCAGACGCAACUCCUCACGAGACGACUGAAGCUGAUGGAGACAAAAGCGUCGAGUUAGUGACACCGAGGCCUCGUGUCAGCUUUGAGACGACGUUUUCCAGCGAAAAGAACGAGAAGGAUCAACAAGAUUUCUCGCUGAAUCCUCGCAUGCAAGAGUUCGAGGCCCGGUAUCAUUUGCAGCAGGAAGAUACCGACGUUGAGAAUGAUGUGAUACUUCGAAGCGCAGCACCGGGUGGAAAAAAGAAUACAAGAGUUCCCGAACAUGAGGAGCCGCAUGUGUCACCUUUGGCUGCAUGGAUGGCACGUUUUGAGGUCAAGGACCAGGACAAUUCCUCGACAGCGUCAUAG